ACUGAUGAUAUAUAACGCCAUUCUUUGCUGUUGCAGGCGGCGGUAUUCCAGGCAUAGGCGUAUCAAUGGCUCCGUCGCACGUGGCGCUUAGUGGCAACUUCCACGUGCAGAUCACCUCCAGGUCCUUUCCACCUCUCAUGCUGCAGCUAUCCAGGUUGGAAGGCAACCUGGCUCAGGCUUUGCUCACCAUGCCCAUCUUUCCGGAGGCAGCGGCUCUUAACAGCAACGCAACAAUUGUCAAGAUACCCUGUGGAUACUUCUCCAGAGGUGGACAGUAUUAUAUUAUCAUCAAGAAACAGCCUAUGGGUUCAAUAAACUCUACACCUACUAUCGACCCAAACGACUCCUCCUCAGAAGAGAUGAUCACUCGCAGCCUGGACGUCCGAUGGCCAAUGCCUCAACUUUCAUUGACUCCAGAACACAUCGAAACUUACCCCGAGAGACCGGUGGCCGCAAUUUUGGAGUUUCCCGAAGUCGUGUGUCCACCUGCGGCCGGAAGUCCCGCAGCAGCCAUCCCGGAGUUUUGGUUGGAAUUGCACUACUGUGGCCAGUCAUUGCUGACGUGUGAUGUUGCUGGUGGAAAGAAUAGUACAAAUCAGAUUUUGUAUUCCGAACAAGUUCGGGGUUUUCCAGGCCGAAGAGUGGUGAACCUACGUUGUGAACUGUUUGGCCUAGCAGGGCACUACGCGCUUUUCCUAAGGCCUACCGGAACAAGUCCUGGCUUGCCACAUACAGCGGCCUACGUCAAAGUGGACUGGAGCGAGCAAUUCGUGUUCAACGUACACGCGCGCAGCAUCUUCCCUUGCGACGCGCACAGCGGCGGCGUGCCAGUGCUUUUCCAGUACCCCUCGUGCAUCCUGGCCGAAAGCGAUAGGGUGAGACUCUUCGCAAGGCUGAGGGCGGACGUGGCAGCUGCUCAGCCGCCCUCGACGUUGGAGUACGUAGAGGAGCAAAAGGUCCAGAGGGGAAGACACAGCCUCCAUUUCGACUGUGAUCUCUUCACGGAGAAGUACGUCGAGUACUGCUUUGUGUAUGUUAGCCAGGCUAUUACGGGAGCGGUGGCUGAUGUUAGGAUGGAUUGUGUGCCCACCAUGCCUGUGCCAGAUAGAGACAAUGGCGGAUGGGGCGCUUGGAGUGCUUGGACGCCUUGUUCAAGUACUUGCAUAGGUGGUACUAGAAGUAGAUACCGCUUCUGUGACUCACCGCCCCCCAAGUAUGGAGCAAAAUUUUGUGAGGGAUCAGCCGUCGAAACUGAAAAAUGUGGCACAGGCUUGGGAGCAGGUUGGGAAUGUGUAUAUGGGCCAGGUUCAUCGGUUGGUGGACUUGUAUCAGAAAUCGCAGCUGAAAUUCCUGAGGUAGCAGCGGAGGUUGGACCGUUUUGCAGGUGCGGCUGCGUAGUACACCUUGGUAGAGCUCGGCCAAAAAGGCUACUUGCGACGUCAGCCCAGAGCUGUCCAGGCAGAACAUUUUGGCUAAUCCAGGCUGAAGAUGACUGCAUCGUGGAGUUCCGCGUGGAUCAAUUCCGCUUACCUUGCGGCACUCAGUGGCUGAAGGUGCGCGACGGUCCGGCAAUUUCUUCAACGUUGGUUGCAGCACUCCCUGAAGACGACCACGCGGCCGUCAACUCCUCAGGGCCGCACCUACUGCUGGAGUUCUAUGCUGAAACUGAAGACCCAGCCGAAACGCAGGCAUGUGGAGGAGGGUUCUUUGCCGUCGCAACGCAGUUCAAAAAUCCCAGACAAAAUAUAUCAAGUGUGCCAGUAGCCCAGAGUGUUGGUGUAGUUCCUGCUAUAGUGCUGAAGCUCACAACUGUUCAUAUUGCCGCCAUAUUCUUCCUCUGUGGUCUCAUUAUAGCAACUAUCGCGUUGGCUGCCCAGUACAUAGUUAGGUACAGGAAGUAUCAUGUCGCCAAGGGAGAAGAUCAAGACUCGCUGGCGGGAUCUAGUGCCAGCUUGCCCAUGGUCAAUCGUGCCUCGUCUAGCGCAACGUUAUUAUCAGAAGUGAUAUCACUUACAAGACUAAGGCCACACAUCAAGCCAUCAAGAGCCAAGCAUACGAGACUCAGAGAGUCCGCAGAAUACGAAUCUGGCAAGAGUGAAACCGAAGUAACACUGGCGAAAGAAGAGGAGUUUCAGAGUGAUGGCAGCACCGCGACUCUAACCCAGACCGCUCCCGCAGGCUCACUAAGACCAGCCGAAGCAGAACCUCCCGUUUCUACAGCUAGUCUACCUUGUUCUCCACAAAUAAUCACACAGAAACCUCUCAUGCGGAGGUCGUCCACCCUGAUCAGCGAGAAGGACAAGGAUAGCGAAAAGGAGGAAGUGUUACCGUCCCAAAAGGAGAGGAUUCAAGUCCCGAGGAGGUUUAGCAACGUCAGUAAUGCGACGUUGACUAAUGUGAGCAUGCUGUCUGACAUUUGCUCCAAAAGUGAUCCGGGAUGCUAUACCUCAGCAGCAAGCAUUGUAAGCCGGGCUACGAUCAAGAGCACCAUCGCUAAGGAAACCAAGGAGAAGAAAAACAGGGAGAAGCUGAUGGCAGGACCUGGUUCGGAUUUUUCUAUAACUGGACAUGAUACUGAUUUGGAAAUGGAUUAUUAUGACUACAAUGUUAUCAAUGCAGGAGCCGCUCCAGGAUCCUACCUAGGUAUGGAUCCAGCUUUCCUAGUCUGGAUACCACCUUUAGACGAAACAGGCGAAAUUCUUCCUGAAGAAAGUCACGAGUACCACGAGAUGGAGGACAUCCGACCUAAAAUGUAUAUCGAUCCAGGUAGCAAUAAGGAAUCUCCCGAACAAGAGAUGCUUCUUCCGAAAUCGGAUAGCAACCCCAGAAUUAAAGUCACAUCGUCUGAAAAUAGAUACGGCUUAGAUAACAGACUGAUCAGUGAAGUGGAACCGCUUGUACAUAAAUGUAGGGACGGGACGAUACAAGAACAACUUCAUAGGAAGCAGAAGAUAUCCAGGAAGGAUAGCGAAAAAGAAACCAAAGUGGAAAAAUCUCCCAGUCUGGAAGAUUCGGAAUAUCUGAAUGACAUAAAAUAUGUUGACGACGAAGACGAUGAUCAGUGCAAUAAUGAUGUAUCAUAUCAAGAUUCGAAUAUAAUAUCUUCCAGUUAAGACUGAUGGGUUGUUAAACAUAUUGUACCAUGUAAAGUGAUUACAAGAAUAUUUAUCGAAUAUGCUAGAGUCGCAGUGCCUACAAUAGGUAGGGUGUCUCAUUCUAGGUCUCAAAUAUCGAGAUCUUUUGGUGCCCUUCAAGGAACCUGCACUGGGACUUAAUGUACUAUAGAAUUCAACCAGUAGUUUUCUACAAUAGACAUUUCGUUUUUCAUUCUGGAUAGUUAGGAUUAUGGGCACUCCACGUCUCUAUCGCUUACUCUUCAGCUAUGUGUACAAAUUCAGUAACUGUUUUAACAUGUUCAUCUGGUAAUUGUGGACAUUAAAUUUCAAAUGAGCACAAAUUGUCAUGUUCGGUGGUAAUGUGGUUAUGUUUUGGGAUAUUUUGAUGUGUGGGUUCAAAGUAAUUUCCUUUUAUAUCCGAAUAACCUGAAUUUUCCCAAUAGCCUUUGCUCUUAAUGCAAAUUCUGGUAGCGGUAAAUAACGAUAUAUUUGAGUCAAGCGGGUGGAAAACCUAGAAAGAUGGGUGAUGCGAGAAGAGGGUGGUUCCUUUUCUAUUGAAGAUACGCAAUUCGUGGAGUUCUUUCGUUUAAACAAAGAAAUGGGGCAUUACAUGUCUUUACAGUUAAAUCAUUAAUAAAUGACAAUUUUUCCUACCUAACUUUAAAUUACCGAACGCGACAGCUCGAAAGUGUCAGCAAUAACAAUUUGAACAGAACUUGCUAUGUCUGAGCCGAAAGAAAUGAAACGAUGGUAAACAUAGCAACUUGCCGACUGUGUGAAGACGCACAGAGUCCGAUUGAAUAGAAUCAUGUCGAUAGGUAGAAUACGAUAGAACACGGAGUCCCACUGCUGACGUAUUUACGUAGAUGCUUUUUGUCACAGAAUUACGUGAUAAACCCUUUCACCCCAGAGUACCUACUGCUAUUUAUUUGUUAAUCGAAAGCUCAUCAGUAGCUUGGAGCUUUAUGGUCAUAACCAUAGGCAGACACAAGAUAGUUCGAAAAUUUUGUCGGAACUAGUGUUCAAAAUCUACACUACAUGCUAAACUUUUCGACAUGGUGAAUGGAACCUUGCGAUCCUUUGAAGAAUAUACCAGGGUCUCAAAAUACCCAUUACUUGCAGUUUUAAUAGAGAUGUGAUCAUUAGUUGAAUGAGACUGAUUGUUUGUUGGUUGCAAUUGAAAAAUUGAUGUCAUCAAAUCUAGACAUAGCUGUUUAUUUGUAAAAAAACAUUUGUGGCAUUCAUCAGCAAGCAGGGUUUUGGAAUACUCAAAUAUUAGUGGUAUCGUUUUACUUUUGAUUGUUGUGGCUCCAUACAAUGAUAUGGCUUUCAGAUUUUAAAAUAGUGUUAGUUCCAUGUAAAGUUCCAGGUAUCUACCGCAGCCUUUCUUUAGACAACAUAAAAUGCUUUGUCAGCUCACGUUACGUUGAAAGUUUUUAUUACUUUAUCUUUUCCAGGAAGAGACGAACUGAUAUCUUGUGACUAGUCCAUUCUUCUUUUCUAGUCUAUUCUUAGCCUCGGAUCAAAAGACUGCUGGUACUCUUACUCAAACCAAAACUGCAUUCUGGUAAACGCCACAUUUUAUAACAUUGUGAAUACAGUUAAGAAUCUAUUAGGGCAUUCCUAUGUAUACUUUAGUUACGAAAAAUAAGCACAUGUUGCGUAAAUAGGAGAUAAUAUGUAAUAUACACCUGACUAUUUUUACAUUCCCAAUAUCGUUGCUUUUUAUGUUCGAGGAUCGCCGCAUAGCAUAUGUGUAUUCCUAAUUUGCAGCAAUAAGACGUAUGCAGAGCUUUCCAGAAAGAGAACAAAUGAAUGGAUGGUAAUUACAUAAAUAUAUAUUUAAAUUAGCACUACAGGCCUGGUAGGCUCUGCUCAUAUUAUCGUCCAUGGUUCACAUGCAUAUCUGAGCUCUGGCACUGACAUUUUGUAGAUCCUUAUUUGAGCUUCCCUGGAUAUAAUUUUGCUUUGCAGUAGUCCUUCUAGCGCGUAUAUGACACGAUUUUCGGACAUUAUCCUAUUUUGUAUCCCUUUCUUGUUUCCGGCUUUGAAGCAAUAGUGUACCCCAGUAUUCGAACGUCUGCCCCUUUUCAAAUUUAUAGAUUUGCCCUUGUAUUGUAGUCAAUAUCAAGUUCGGUCCUUUAUGAAGUUCCUUAUUUGCCCACUCCAUGUAUUUUGUCUUGUCUACAUUGAUGUACAGUCCCUUGCUUCGUGCUUUUUACUUCCUACGCCAUCAGGCCAGGAAGAAUUGUAAUUACGAAAAAUUUCGAAAAUGAGAUAUCACAAAAGACCAUGUCACUUACUUUCAUGGGCCUGUAUGACUGACUUCACCCACUUAAUUAUUUUGUUAUACAUGUUUGUAGGUAAUAAUCCUUUAUUAACUGCGAAGAAAGCGUAGAGUCAACCCACUUGACAUCUUUUUUCUUCUAGUCUCUUAUCGGUGUCUAUAAAUUCGACUUUAGUUCUGACCAGAACAGCCAGGUCGUCAUCAAGCUAGACAUUUAUGCUUUCUGCAAUAUACUAGACCAGACCUGUUUCUGUUUGCUUCUUGCAUAGUUUUCUCGAAUACAAUGUUAAUUUAAUGCAGCGGCGGCAGUGGAUCUACCUGACGAACGCCUUCUUUGCCUUCAAACCUUUCGGUGGUUUGGUGUUAACCUUGACCCUAUUUUCCGUUUUCUCUGAUGUUAUUUCAAUCAUAUUAGUGAUGAUGGUAGUUUUAAACAUACUUAAUGUGAAAAUGUUAAGUAAACUGUGUUGCUAUGUACAUCUUUCAGAAGGAAGAUAGGUGUCCUAGCCCUCUCGAAACAGAAAGAGAAAUGGAAUUGUCCCGUAAAGGUCUUUCAGCUCCCUAUAAGUUCACUAUAGUUUUUUGCACGUUCAUCAUCUAGUAUGCGCUCUAUCACAAUAGUGGCUUCUGCAUUAGGUCUUGGCGAGUAGCAACAGAUAAAUGAUCCCUAGCUACCAACUCUUCUUCUGGCAGGCUCUUAUGAUUGCCUCUUAUUAUAAUGCGAAAAACUUAUUCCAGUAUUGUUAUAUCGUCUAGUCAAAUUUUGUGAAAAUUUCAUUUUUGAAUGGGUGUAUAAUCACACCUAUAAGUGGUCCAUAUUGUAAAUGUAGGAAAAAUUAAUUGUUUAGUAUUAAGCAUCAUGAGUAGACUGCUCGUAUUUACAAUUCUAUUUUAUUGUUUAUGGUUCUU